AUGGAGUAAUAAGAAAUAGAUUUUUCAGAUAUUGAAAAGUUUUUAGUACACCAUUAUAAGAAAUGUCCUAAUCAUAAAAGGUCUAUCUCUCUUUUAAAGCUGGAUGAUUCAAAUGAACCUCAAUUUUUAAAAUGCCAUAUUUGUCAAUAGUAAUAUAAUUAUAAAAGCUACAUCGAUAUAGUUGACUUACUUUAAAGUAAUCAAAAUGCUAUUUUUAAUAGCUGGCCAAUUUAUGAUGAUGAUUCUAUUUACAAAGACCUGUCAGAAAUUAAUUAAUAGUUGAAUACGCUCAAACCAGAAGAUAUCAAUACUUUAUUUGAUGAAAUUUUAUCGCAAUUAAGUUAGUCCAUACAAAUAAAAAAGAAACAAAUCCUAAAUGAGCUAGAGAAAAUUGAUCAAAUUAAACAAUAACCUAUCAUUUUUUACAAUCAAAUAUCUCAGAAGGAAAAAUUGGUAGAAAUAAUUAAAACUUAAUAUGCAAAUUAAUCUGAGCAGAAUAAAAUGAUUUAAGAAAUAAUAAUUUAAAAUCAGCUAAAUUAUUAAUAAAAUAAAAAUGAACUAAUUGAUUUGAUCAAAAAAGCAAAUUAUUAUGUUUUCAACAUAAAUAAAAUUGAAAACAUGAAAGAUUAAGUCUUAUCUAUAAUAAACAAUCUAGAUAUUAUUAGCUUUUCUAAAAAUGAUGAAAUAUUUGAUUAACCAAAUGAAAAAUUAAAAGCUGGAGACAAAUAAAUUUUAGAAGAAAUAAAAAUAGAUUAAUUAGAAGAUCUCAACAAAUGCCUUGAAUAUAAAAAAAUAGAAAUCAAUUUUUCAAAAAUGAAUAUUGACAACUAAACCGCUAAUGCUAUUGGAGAUACCAUAAAUGCUUGCAGAAAUAUCACCAAUCUUAAUUUAGAAUUAGAACAAGCAAACAUUAGAGAGGAAGAGUUUCUUAAUAUUUCAAAGGGACUUAUAAACCACCAAAAUAUCUAAUGCUUAAAGAUAAAUUUAGGAGAAAAUUAAAUAGGAAUUUAAGGAGUCAAAAAUAUAGCAAAUGGUAUAGAAAAAUGCUAAAACAUUGUUCAUUUAGCUCUUAAUCUAUAGAAUAAUAAUAUCAAUAAUAAAGGAACUCAAUAUAUAGCAAGAAUACUUGAUAAGAAUUAAAAGUUUAGUUUUCUAGAAUUAUAAUUAGACAAUAAUAGUAUUAGCAAGGAAGGAGUUAAAUAACUAGCAAUAGCACUAUAUCCCUAAUCUUAUCUUACCACAUUAAAAUUAUAUCUAAAUUAUAAUAAUAUUGGCAAAGAAGGAGCUAAAAUAAUAUCAAGAGCGAUUAAAUUAAUAUAAAAUCUUACUGUAUUAAAUCUACAGCUAUAGGGAAAUUAAAUUUAAGAUGAAGGAGUUGUUUGCAUUUCAAAAGCUAUAGAAUAAAAUAAUCAAAUGGCUGAGCUAAUUCUUUGCUUCAGGAAUAAUAAAAUUAGUGUCUAAGGAGUAUAAAGUAUUGCAAGUUCAAUGAAGAAAUUGUAAAACAUUCACUAUUUAGAACUUAAUUUGCAAGAAAAUAGGAUUAGAGAUUUAGGAUUUUUCUACUUAUCAAAAGCAAUAUAAGCAUAUAAAAAGUUAACAACAUUGAAUCUUUGUUUUGGUGAUAAUAACAUAACUAACCAAGGAGCUUUUUAUAUUUUAAAUGCUAUUGAAAAUUUUAAAAACAUAAAUAAAUUGGAGCUCUUUUUAUGGAAAAGUGAUAUAGAUUAUGUGGUUGCCAAGAAUAUUGCUUCGCUAUUAUCAAAUUUAUAAAAUCUUUCUCAACUAGAAUUAAACUUAAAUGAAAACAAAAUUGGAUUUGAAGGGGUUAAACUUAUUCUAAAUGAACUGGAAAAGAAAAUUCAAACAAUUUAAACAUUGAAUUUAAAUUUAAUGGAAAACAACAUCAAUGAAUUUAAAAUAAAAUCUUUAAGAGAAAAUUUUGAUUUAAUAAUCAAACAAAACAAUAAAUAAUGGAACGCUGAUUUUUGA